UCCUCUCCAGAAGGAGCUGGGCUGCAGGAGGGCUGCCGAGGGCUGUGGGCUGCAGGAACAAACACGCUCUGGAAUUCGGUUUCUGCCCUGGCAAGCAGCUCCCUUCUGCUUCUGCUUCCUGCCCCAUGGGGCCAGCCAGCAAGCUGAAAAACUUGUUGUACAGAAAGGCAGCUGAGGGAGAAAUGCAAGUGCCCACAUUGUGGCGUCCAGGAAAUCGUUUCGCAAGGCACAUACUCCCAGUACAUUCGGAUGGACAAGGCUUUGCCGUCACGAUCUGCAGCCAGGAGUAAGGCAGAAAGCCCUACAAUGGCUUCAUUGAAUCGAGGUGGAAAAUGGAACUAAGGAAGCUUUGAGGUGAUCUCAUCUGCCACGGAUGAUGCCUUUUCCGACUUUUGCCGACUGGCUAUGUGAUUACAAAUAGCACUCGGAAGAAAAGAGUGACCUUCUGGUGAUUUCUGCUGGAGAUGUACUCCCCUGCCACAGAGCUCGCCUUUCUUCCCUGAAGCUUCACAGCACAACAAAUUUGCCAAAACACACUGUUCAAAAUACAUCUGAUCUGCGAGUUCUUCUGGAAUUUCAAAAAAGUUGCAAUAAAAAUACCAGAGAAACCUCCAAAUCACAGGAAUUUUAAACGUACCAUUAUAAUGGUAAGCUCUAAUUGUUCCACUGAGGACUCCUUUAAAUAUACUUUGUAUGGGUGUAUCUUUAGCAUGGUGUUUGUUCUCGGCCUCAUAGCAAACUGUGUGGCUAUCUACAUUUUCACUUGUACCUUAAAAGUGCGAAAUGAAACUACAACUUACAUGCUUAAUUUAGCCAUAUCGGAUCUGCUUUUCGUGUUUACAUUACCCUUCAGGAUUUAUUACUUUGUAACCAGAAACUGGCCAUUUGGAGACAUUCUUUGCAAGAUUUCUGUCACCCUCUUUUAUACAAAUAUGUAUGGGAGCAUUUUAUUUCUGACGUGCAUAAGUGUAGAUCGCUUUUUAGCUAUCGUACACCCCUUCCGAUCUAAGACUCUUCGAACCAAGAGGAAUGCAAAAAUUGUCUGUGUCGCAGUGUGGAUAAUUGUGUUAGCAGGCAGCACACCAGCAAGCUUUUUCCAGUCUACAAACUGCCAUAACAAUACUGCACAAAGGACAUGCUUUGAAAACUUUUCAGAGGACACGUGGAAAACCUACCUAUCUCGGAUUGUUAUCUUCAUUGAAACAGUUGGGUUUUUUAUUCCACUCAUCUUGAAUGUUACCUGCUCCACUAUGGUCCUACGGACUUUGAAUAAGCCGCUUACAUUAAGCCGGAAUAAAUUAAGCAAGAAAAAGGUACUCAAAAUGAUUGUUGUCCAUUUGGUGAUAUUCUGCUUCUGCUUUGUGCCUUAUAACAUUACCUUAAUACUUUACUCCCUUAUGAGAACACAGACCUGGAUUAAUUGCUCAGUGGUAACUGCAGUCAGGACUAUGUACCCCAUCACUCUGUGCAUCGCCGUUUCAAACUGCUGUUUUGACCCUAUAGUCUACUACUUCACAUCAGAUAAUCCAAAAUUCGAUAAAAAAGAACCGGUCCACAAGAACACGCGACGUCAGAUUCUCUGAAAGGCCAGUUUCAGAAAACUUCAUUCAACACAGCCUUCAGACCAUAAAAAUGAAAAUAUUUGACAGUGAUUCUACAAUAUAAACUAUAUUAAGAGACUACUGGGACUAAACUGGAAUUAGAAGCCUG